AUGUGUUGUUCAUUGAGCGAUAGGCAUCAGAUCAUAGCGAAAUCCUUAUCAAAUCAUUUCAAUCAUAUAAUCAUUGUUGCUGGUACAGGUUCUGCAGGUGCAACAUCAACAACUCUUUCCAAUCCACUUGGAACAUUUGUUAAUACUAGUCUGGUUUUUUAUGUUGCAGAUUAUGAAAAUCAUUGUAUAAUUAGAUUUGGUACAAAUGUGUUUCAAUGUUUAAUCGGAUGCCAAAAUUCAAAUGAACUGAAUUAUCCAUGGAGUAUUAGUUUCGAUAGUUUUGAAAAUCUAUUUGUUGUUGAUCGAGGAAACCGUCGCAUUCGAAGAUUUGAAGUUAUUGAUGGUCGAAAUUAUUCACAAAAUUCAAAUGGAUAUUACACAGGUAUUGUCAGCGGUAAUUAUACAAUGUUAAAUGAAUAUGGCAAUCUGAUGACUAUACAAAGCUUGAACAAUCGCUCUUUCACUCUUCUUUCUGCUGUAGCUACUGCAGCGUACGAUUGA